GGAAAUGGAGAAGACCCACCUGAUGUGAAACCUACAGGAGGAAAUGGAGAAGACCCAUCUGAUUCUCUACAGGAGAAAAUGGAGAAGACCCACCUGAUUCGGUGUUCAAAGGAGGAAAUGGAGAAGACCCACCUGAUUCGGUGUCUAGCGAUCAACCCACAUGCCCUCUAUGUAACCUACAGGAGGAAAUCCCCACAUGCCCUCGUGAAACCUACAGGAGGAAAUGGAGAAGACCCAUCUGAUUCUCUACAGGAGAAAAUGGAGAAGACCCACCUGAUUCGGUGUUCAAAGGAGGAAAUGGAGAAGACCCACCUGAUUCGGUGUCUAGCGAUCAACCCACAUGCCCUCUAUGUAACCUACAGGAGGAAAUUCCACAUGCCCUCCAUGUAA